UAGAGGCUCAUUUUUGACCAACUCCGACCCACUUAAAGACUUUUGAACUUUUGGUGGCCAUGGUGCGUGGAGCAAGGAAAGCUAUUGCUGUUGGAGUUGCGGUGGCUGCAGCAUGCUGUCUCCAGCGGCACUUGAAUUUUGUGCCUGGGCCUCGGCAUGCUGCUCCAGUGGCCGCAGCAGCAGCCAGCAUGAUGAUGGCUCCUGCGGCUUUUGCUGAUGAGAUCGGCGAUGCUGCAAAGAAGCUUGGGGAUGCUUCCUACUCUUUUGCCAAGGAAGUGGACUGGAACAAUGGCAUUUUCCUGCAGGCCCCUGGCAAGUUUCAGCCCUUGGAAGCUUUGAAAGCCAUUGACAAGAUGAUCGAAAUGGGGGCAGCCGCAGAUCCAAAGCUUUUGAAGGAGGCAGCAGAAGCACAUCACAAGGCCAUCGGGAGCAUCAGCGGGCCAAAUGGUGUGACUUCGCGCGCUGACUGGGAUGCCGUGAAUGCAGCUCUUGGCCGUGUAAUCGCUUCAGUCCCCAAAGCAAAGGUCAUGGCUGUUUACGAUUCAGUGAAAGCCAUCACGGACCCCGGAGUGCCAGCUUACAUGAAGUCCUUGGUGAACGGACCCGAUGCCGAAAAGGCCUACCAAGGAUUCCUGGAAUUCAAGGAUGUUGUUGAAAAGAACCAGGUGGCCACGGCCAGUGCUCCUGCAGUUGUGCCUUCCGGAGACAAAAUUGGUGAAGCUGCAAAAGCGUUGUCCGAUGCAUCCUAUCCUUUCAUCAAGGACAUCGAUUGGCUGUCGGACGUUUACCUGAAGCCGCUGCCCGGCAAGACUGCCCCAGAGACGCUGCAAGCCAUUGACAAGAUGAUUGUGAUGGGCGCCAAGAUGGAUGGCAACCUCUUGAAGGCAGCAGCAGAGGCACACCACAAGGCCAUUGGCAGCAUUGAUGCCACUGGUGUGACGUCCGCGGCCGACUACGAAGCUGUGAAUGCAGCCAUUGGACGCUUGGUGGCAUCCGUGCCCAAGACUACCGUGAUGGAUGUGUACAAUUCUAUGGCCAAGGUCGUUGAUUCCAGCGUCCCCAACAACAUGUUCUCGAAGGUGAAUCCAUUGGAUGCAGUGGCUGCUGCCAAGGGUUUUUACACCUUCAAAGAUGUUGUGGAGGCUUCCCAGCGCUGAAGGUAGAGACCAUCAGCAUGAAUCGUGAAGAUUCGACGUUGCUUUAACAUGCUUUAACAGAACACUUUUUAUAAAUGUAUAGAUGUAUAGUCAAUAGUUACAGACAUCUGUACUAGUCUCUUGAUGAGGCGGGAACCUCUGGAGCAAGUGAAAAAACACACUUGCCGGGCGUACAUCUGAUGACUUAGCAUGCUCCGUGCUUUCAUGGACAGAUACACAAUUCAAAUCCCACGAACAGCUUUGGGCACUGAUUCUUGUGUUUUGGGGAUCUGAAGAUAUGGAUUUGUCUGAAAACAAGGUAACCCUAAAUCCACUGGAUUCCACUGGUUUA